AUGACAUCGAGGCCGAUAGAGAGCAGAUUAUCACAAGUGUCUUUGACAAAGAAGCAAGAUGCGAAGGAAAGAGUGACUAGGAAUCCAUUGACAAAGAUUCAACUCAAUAAUACCCAAAGACUCAAUCAAAGACUAUCAUCUUCAUCAUCUACAACUUCUAAACAACAACCAUCAUACAUGGCUCCAACCAUUUCAGCUUCUGCUAACGUUGCAUCUCCACAUCGUAUACGCAGACCUUCACAAGUUGGUAAACAAGAGAGUGGGUAUAUGCCACUACGACAAUACACUUUGGAUGAUUUUGAGAUCGGAAGAAAAUUGGGUAAGGGGAAAUUUGGUAAAGUUUAUUGUGUUAAAGAUAAAAGAACUGGAUUCGUUUGUGCUUUGAAAGUCAUGGAGAAGAAAGAAUUGAUGGAAUAUAAAGUUGAGAAACAAUUUAGAAGAGAAGUUGAAAUCCAGUCAAAUUUGAGACAUGAAAAUAUUUUGAGAUUAUAUGGCUAUUUCCAUGAUCAGUCUCGAGUUUAUUUAAUCUUGGAAUAUGUGAUAUAUGGAGAAUUAUACAAAUACUUGAAAAGGAAGAAAAGAUUCAAUGAUAUCACAGCAUCUCAUUAUGUUUUCCAAAUGGCUGAAGCUUUAUCAUACCUACAUUCCAAAAACAUCAUUCAUAGAGAUAUUAAACCUGAAAACAUUUUGCUUGAUUUUGAUAACAUUAUCAAGAUUAGUGAUUUUGGUUGGAGUGUUCAUGCGCCAAACUCUAAAAGAUCAACAAUGUGUGGUACACUUGAUUAUUUACCUCCUGAAAUGGUUGAAGCUAAAGAUCAUGAUUAUAGAGUUGAUGUGUGGGCAUUAGGUGUUUUAUGUUAUGAGUUACUAGUUGGUCAACCACCAUUUGAAGAAGAAUUUAGAGAUACAACAUAUAGAAGAAUUGCCAAAGUUGAUUUGAGAAUACCUGCAUUUGUUAGCACCGAUGCAGCUGACCUAAUAAGAAGGUUAUUACAAUAUGAUCCUGAAAAGAGAUUUUCAUUAAGUGAAGUUAAAAACCAUCCAUGGAUAUUGAAGAAUAAGAGUUCAUGGCCUCACAGAAGAAUAUCUGCAUGA